AUGCUGCUAGCAACGUUUUUUAUCUUUUGUGCAUGUUGGCUUCAUGUUCGCGCAGAAAUGGUGUCAACGAAGUAUGGAGAUAUUGAAGGACUCGUGACUUUAUAUCCGAAUGCCUCUGGUCCGUUCAAAUCCGUCAGCAAAUUUCUUGGCGUUCCUUUCUCCGCUCCACCAACUGGAGAGCUAAGGUUUAAAGCACCACAACCGCCAAGAGCGUGGAAACCAAAGGUUUAUUCGGCUAAAACCCAUGGGAGCGUCUGCUUACAGUUCAAACUUUCCGAAAACCUAAUCAAGCCUUUUACUUCAAAUUUCACUUUCAGCGAGGAUUGCUUAUAUCUUGAUAUCUACAGCCCGAACAUCAGCCUCAGUUUGCCAGUGAUGGUUUACAUUCACGGUGGAGGUUACGUUUUAGGAACAGCGAUCACUUCUCCAAGCGAUAUCUUGGCUCUCCAGGGGGUGGUGGUGGUCAUAAUCCAGUAUCGUCUAGGUCCUUUUGGUUUCUUGACGACCGGUGAUUCGGCGGCACCUGGUAACUAUGGAAUGUUGGAUCAAGUGGAAGCACUGAAGUGGGUCAAAGAAAACAUCGAAAAUUUUGGCGGGAAUCCCAGCAAAGUGACCAUAUUUGGAGAGAGCGCUGGAGGAUCCAGUGUGGGGCUCCAUCUUCUAUCGCCUCUAUCUCGUGAUCUCUUUCAUCAAGCCAUUCCAGAGAGCGGUGUAGAUUUAAGUCCCUUUGCGAUUCAGCCAACGUCUUUUGGUCUCCGUUUCACUAAAGAGCUUGCACAAAAACUGAAUUGUGGAUCCAGUGACCAUUAUGCAAUGGUUUCUUGUAUGCGCAGUAAAACAGCGUCAGACAUGCAAAAAGCCGCCGAGUCAAUCAAAUUUGGUUUCGUUAAUUAUCUUUACUGGGCACCAGUCGUUGAUAAAAACUUUCUUCAUGAUACACCCCAGGUUUUGAGGAAAAAAGGAGAAUUCAAGCAAGUGCCGCUUAUCAUCACCUUCACAAGUCACGAGGGGUCGUUUUUUCUUGGAGACAUGGUCAACAAUUCUUUAGGACUGAUGGAGAGCGUGGACAAUGGAGUCAGUCCGACUUUGUUCAAAUCAUUUCUAACCAAGUUUGCUCAAGCUCUAGACAGUAGGUAAGAUCAGUGAAAAUUAAAUAUUUGCUCAGAAGUUUUUAAAGUACAGCAGCACCCCGAUAACUCAAACUCGGAUAACUCGAAUUCCCCGCUAACUCGAAAUAAAACUCCUUUCCCCUGAUCAAAAAAAGUCAGUGAAAUUUACCCCGAUAACUCGAGUUCUGGUUCUUUUAACUACACUCGGAUGCCACCCCAUUAGCUCCUCUUGUGGUAUUAGGGCCUGAAAACACUAAAACCUAACACUGGUUACUAUUAAAGGCAAUGUGAUUUAAAUUGGUGAAACGAACAGAUCAUGUUUUAUCAUAAAAGUGCCUAAUCAUGUUACCGUUUCUGACGAAAUAAGUGCACCUUACACUGACGUACUCAGAAAUCAGUAAAUAUCAAUUUCUAACAUGGCAUAUUGAAUUUUUCAAUCGACCCCGAUAACUUGAACCCUCGCUAAUUCGAACUGUUUUUCGUUUCCCCUCUGAGUUCGAGUUACUGGGGUUCUACUGUGGAUGUAGCCACAGUUUUAGAAUUUAUUGACUGGCUCAUAAACGUGGAUUCUCAGCACAAUAGCACUGAACCCGGCGCUAGCGUUUUAGACCCUCGCGUGGCUCCACAGGGGCUUCGCUUCUACAUUAGGCUGCUGCAGGGCAAUUAAGCCUCUUGGAGCCCAUAGAUACACGGUUGAAGAAGGGGCGUUUCCCGUCCAGGAAGUUGUUGUUUUACCUUUAAGAUAGAGGUUUCGAUAGUUUUGCAGACAACGUUGUAAAACUAUUAGUUAAUGAAACAAAAUGGACUGGCUCGUUAGCACUCUUUUUCUUGAGAUUUAAUUUGGAAUUGACUAUUUGAUUUCGGCUGAUUGAAAAUAGUUGUCGGAGAUGUUGGGGUGGAGACGCACGUCAUAAUCCGGGGGAAGGCAAUAUUUGGGUAUAGAUGAGCCGCUGAGGGUUUGAAACCCUGACUGCGUUUAGUACAACAAAAUUCUAAAAUACAUACCCUGUCAGGAGCCGAUGUUUAGGAUACAGGGAAAAAUGCACGCCGUUUUGUUUUUAAGCCAUUUAUUAGCAAUUGCAAUAGAGCAAAUUCACGUUAUAGUCGUUGCUUCUGUAUACUUGGAGUAGAAACAAAUUUCAUCCUGUUUACAAUUGUGAUAGGCUCGCAUGAAAUUAUAUAAAAAAUUAUAUUUCUCUCUUGUGUUACAUCAACAUUUAUUUGCAAGCAGUGUUUUACUUUCCCCUUCAAAAUAAAACCAGAGAGGCAAGUACCUCGGAUUGCUUCACACUGGGAACGGCUCUGGUCUGUGGAAUAAUUGUUAAAUAUCCGUCCUUUUUUUUAGGAAGAAGAAUGCUGAUCUUCUCGCCGAUGCCUUGGAGUUCAUGUACACCCCCUGGCCUGACAACAGUAACACAUACGCAUUAAGAAGUGGACUUGUUGAUGUACUUGGAGAUAACCUUUUGGUUGCCCCCAGUCACAAAGUCGCUGAUGUUCACAGUCUGAUCACUCCUGUUUACAUGUAUGAAUUUGCUCAUCGGGCAAAGUCAAGUUUGGCGGUACGUGCAGAGUGGAUGGGCGUUCUUCAUGGCGAAAACAUUCCCUUUGAUUUCGGAGUUCCUUUCCUUCCCAAAUUUUCGUCACAUUAUAGUCAGGCUGACAGAAAUGUUAGUCUGUUUAUCAUGACCAUGUAUGCAAACUUUGCCCGGUCCGGCGAUCCUUCAGUCAGCGGUGUCGCGUGGGAGAAAUACAAUUCAAGUCACAGAGCUUACCUUAAAGUGGACACAAGUCCCAAACUGAAGACGUCAUUUAAUUCUCGCCGAAUGUCUUUUUGGAAUAAUUACUAUCCUAAAUUGGAGCAGGUGAAGUUCGAUGUCAAUAAAGAGGUGGUCAGCGGUGCAAAGAAUGUUGUUACCAUGGGAACUGCUCUUCAAGUUGUAUUUGCUUUAAUAGUAUACUUGAUUUACUAA